UUUUCUUUUUCUUUAUUCCAAAAGUGAUCUCUGCUUUAUUGGUUUUCAUUGAAAAAUGAGAAUUUGGGAAAUGGUGGGAAAUGAAAACUGGGAAAAGAGAAAAAGCUCCUGCCUUUUUCCUACUAGCGCAUCUGGUUUUUGCUCAUUGGUGUUCAAAGGUCCCCCUCAAGUUUCCAUUUUCCAUUUUCAUUUUCCAUUUUCUUCAGCUCUGCAGCCUGGCUGCUGCUGUUGCUCCUCUACAGUAAGAUUCCUGCAGCCAUCCACCUAGUGGCCAAGAUCCCCCAAGCCCCCACCCCCUUGCAAAGAUUGCAUCUUUGGAGUCUUCUCUCCCACUGAGAAAGGCCUUAGACCACUCUCCCUCCUUGAAGACCAUGUUUUUUUUUUCUUUUCCUCUCUCUUUUUGCUGAUAUGUUGAUUUGAUUGUGUUCAGCUGAGGUCUAUACAGCAUUUCUUUUGCCACUCAGGAUUGGGCCCUUUGUUUUCAGGUUUUGUUUCUUGAAUGACAGGCAUGAAUAUUGCAAGUUCUUUGCAAUUAGUUGGAUGUAGUCCUAUUGAAUAAUAUAAUGAUGAGACAGUCAGACAAUCGAGGGAAUUGCUCAGGAUCAACCCAAUCAGAGGAAUCAGCAUUGGAUAUGGAGAGAACCAUAUGCAAUCACUCAAAUCUUCCUUCUUCAAGUCCGUCCUUACAACCAUUCACUUCAGGCGGUCAGCACUCUGAAAGCAAUGCUGCAUAUUUUUCAUGGCCUAACUCAACUCUAUUGCAUGGUGCUGCUGAAGGCCGAGCAAAUUACUUUGGUAACCUUCAGAAAGGUGUCCUACCAGGACAUCUUGAUCGGCUACCAACUGGGCAACGGGCUACCACAUUGCUUGACUUGAUGACUAUCAGAGCGUUUCACAGCAAGAUCCUACGGCGUUAUAGUCUUGGUACUGCUAUAGGCUUUCGUAUUCAGAAGGGUGAAUUAACCAAGAUACCAGCAAUUCUCGUUUUUGUUGCUCGGAAAGUGCACAGACAAUGGCUUAGCAACAUUCAGUGCCUGCCAUCUGCUCUUGAGGGACCGGGGGGUGUGUGGUGUGAUGUAGAUGUUGUGGAGUUCUCCUAUUAUGGGGCACCUGCACCAACCCCAAAGGAACAACUGUACAAUGAGCUUGUGGACGGCUUGCGUGGAAGUGAUCCGUGCAUUGGUUCUGGUUCUCAGGUUGCAAGUCUUGAGACGUAUGGAACAUUGGGUGCCAUUGUGAAAAGCCGAUCAGGCAACAAACAAGUUGGUUUUCUGACAAACAGACAUGUGGCAGUUGAUUUGGAUUAUCCAAACCAAAAGAUGUUUCAUCCUUUACCACCUAACCUUGGUCCUGGAGUCUAUCUCGGCGCUGUUGAGAGGGCAACAUCCUUUAUUACUGAUGAUCUUUGGUAUGGGAUAUUUGCCGGAACAAACCCAGAGACUUUUGUGCGAGCGGAUGGAGCGUUCAUUCCGUUUGCUGAUGACUUUGACAUAUCAAAUGUUACCACUUUGGUGAUGGGGGUUGGUGAGAUUGGAGAUGUCAAGCUCAUAGACUUGCAGUCUCCCAUCAACAGCCUCAUCGGGAGGCAGGUAGUGAAGGUUGGAAGGAGCUCUGGCAAGACAACGGGGACAGUUAUGGCGUAUGCUCUUGAAUAUAAUGAUGAGAAGGGGAUAUGUUUUUUCACUGAUUUUCUGGUCGUGGGUGAGAGCCAGCAGACAUUUGAUUUGGAAGGUGAUAGCGGGAGCCUUAUCAUCUUGACUGGACAAGACGGGGAAAAACCACAGCCGAUUGGAAUCAUAUGGGGAGGAACAGCUAACCGCGGAAGGUUGAAGCUUAAAAGUGGCCAUGGACCCGAAAAUUGGACAAGCGGAGUUGAUCUGGGUCGACUUCUUGAUCUUUUGGAACUUGAUCUCAUAACAACUAGUGCUGGACUUGAAGAAGCUUUGCAGGAGCAAAGAAUUGCUUCAGCAGGAGUUGAUUCUACAGUUGGCGAGUCAUCCCCAACUCUGCCGAAAGAAAAGCCUGAAGAAGCAUAUGAAUCUCUCGGUCUUAAGAUUCAACAAUUACCGGUUGAUGAUGCUUCAGGUUCUGGAUUGAUUCCUCCUUUUACGCAUGCUGAAUUUCAUGUUGAUAAUUUGGUGGCCACAAACAAUGUGGAAGAGCACCAGUUCAUUCCAAGCUUCAUCCAAUCCCCGCUUCACCGAAACCAUGAUGAUAAUUCUGAACUGAAGUCUCUCUCUGCACUAAGGAACUCCUCAGAUGAAGACCUUUGUUUUUCUUUGCAGUUGGGGGAUCGAGAACCUAAACGACAGCGCACAGAACCCACAUUCAGCAAUGGUUCUCCAAAAUGAACAGGAUUCACACCAUUAUCAAUCAUGCAUCAGCUUGCCGGCAAGUUGAGCUCUGUAGAAUAAAUUUAUGUCACUGUAAGAGGGCAACUACUUUUUUCUGCACAAUGGCCUAUAUAGAAUCAACGACGAAUCUAGAGUCAACUGGGUUCGGCGCAUGAUUAAUCCUCUCUACUGCCACAUUGCAGCAAUAAAAUGGUUUUGUGCGGCGGUGGCAAUGCACAGGUCAGUCAUCCAACAAGCCAAUGUUCUUACAGUUUUCUGUGUCUCAAGUUAUGGCAUUUCCUUAGCACUUAAAGUACCGAAAGCCGAUAUUAGGAUAUAAUUUACUCAAUCCUCGAGCUCAAGCUCCAUUUGUACGUCACGUCUUGAGUAUAAGAAAAAACAUUUAGCUCGAGCUCAGGAAUCACUUCCUCUUCGAGAUGAAAUAUAUCAUUCGAGCUGCUGUUUUCUUCAUGCAUUAUGAAAUACUCUCUUAUGUCUUGUUCAUACGAAAUGUGUCGGGUCAUGAUUAUGUCGAAGUCAUCAGUGUGAAUGAUUUUUCUUUGAUUAUCAGAACCUUCAUAAUGCAA